AUGGCAUCACCAUCUGAACUAGGCUUGGAUUGCAAGCCACAUAGCUACUCCAUGUUGCUUAAAUCAGUUGGAGAACAAAGUGAUCAAACAUACAAACUCGAAGAGUUUGUUUCUCGUUUGGAAGAAGAACGUCUCAAGAUUGAUGCGUUCAAACGUGAACUUCCUCUCUGCAUGCAACUUCUCACAAACGCUAUGGAGGCGUCGAAGCAACAACUUCAAGCUUACAAAGUGAGUCAAGGAGUUACAAAGCCGAUUCUCGAAGAAUUCAUACCGGUAAAGGAAGUAACAUCAUCAGAAACCAUGGAAAAGAUAACGAAUAAUAAUGUAUGUGAUAAGGCAAAUUGGAUGACGAGUGCUCAACUAUGGAGUCAAACAACAGAAGGAACAAAACAACAAAACUCCACAAAAGAAAUCACUGAAAGCAACAAUAUUGGAUUCAACAUUAGUCCUAAACAUAGAAACGGUGGAGCCUUUUUACCCUUCUCAAAAGAAAGAAACAACUCACCAUGCCAAAACCAGGGUGGUCUUCCUGAACUAGCACUUGCUUCUAACCAGAAAGAGGUUGAGGAUAAGAAACAUGUUGCAGAGGAAAAAGGAGACAAGAGAGAAAACACCCAAGAAAAAGGAAGUCCAGUAGCAUCAUCACAUACUCAAACAACAAGCAACAAUUCAAACCAAACUCAUAGGAAAGCAAGAAGGUGUUGGUCACCGGACUUACACCGGAGAUUCGUCAAUGCUCUUCAAAUGCUCGGAGGAUCUCAAGUGGCAACACCAAAACAAAUAAGGGAAUUGAUGAAGGUGGAUGGUUUGACCAAUGAUGAAGUUAAAAGCCAUUUACAGAAAUAUAGGCUACACACAAGAAGACCAAGCCUAGGUGCACAACCAGGUGCACCAGCGGCACAGCUAGUUGUUUUAGGAGGAAUAUGGGUCCCACCGGAAUACGCCACCGCGCAUUCAGGAGGAGCAACUACUCUCUACGGUGGGCAUCCUACUUCUCAUCAUAUGACUCUGCCACACUACUGUACUGCACCUGGUCAGGAGUAUUAUACUACUGCAGCGCCGCCGCAGCAUCAGCAGCUACUUCCGCCGCCGCAUCAUAUGCAUCAUGUUUACAAGGCGACGCCGAAUGGUCAGGGAUCGCCGGACACGGGUGGAGAUGGGUUGGAGAGUAUUGAAAAUGGGAAGUCGGAGAGUGGGAGCUGGAAAGAAGGGAGUUCUGAGAAUGAAGGAGAGAGGAAAGGGUUUGUUGAAGAGAGCAAUGGGAGUGAAAUCACUCUCAAAUUUUAA